GUUUGAGAACCUGUGGUCUAGAUAAUAUUUAUUCCUGCCUUGAGUGCAAGGGACUGCACUCCUUUCCAGUCCUACAAGUCUGAUUGCACACUUGUUCGUUGCCUUUAGUUCUGAGUGCCUUGUAAGAGGAUAGUGUAACUGUCUUCUGACUUCUUGUAUUUGUCAUGCCUCAAUUACAGAUGUGAACAACACAUCUCGAACAGUUAUGAAAAGGUAAGUAACCUUUCUUCGAGGGCUUGUUCAUGUCCGUUGCACAUUAGGUGAAUUACAAGCUUACCUUUGGAGGCAGGUAGGAGUCACGAGAUGAUCGGAGGACCACCCUGCCAACAGGGAACUGGGGGGUGCGAGUAAGAGAACACCUCUCCAGACCUUUGAGGAAUUGCCCCACCAUUGGGUAGGAGAAAAUCGAGCUGCUUGAAAGCCCUGGGUGGAAGGUGGAGGUAGCUGCCAGGUGCACCUUAAUAGAGGAUGGGGCCAGCCCUUGCUGCUUGAGGUGCAGUAGGUAUUCUAGAAUGGCUGGCACCGGGGCCUCGUGUGGCUGCAUCUCGUGACCCACACCAGCAUGAGAACCUCUUCCACUUGGCUAAGUCAGUCACCCUGGUAGAGCGCUUCCUACUACCAAGCAGAACCUGCUGCACAGGAAGGGAGCACUGGCUCUCCAAAGUGUUUAACUGCAUGGCUUCCAUGCUGUCAGAUGCAGUACUUGCAGGUCAAGGUGGAGAAGCCACCCUCCGUUCUGCAUAAUGAGGUCCCAGUGUAGGGGAAGGGUUACUGGGGCCUCCACUGACAGCUCUAGGAGCAUGGUGAACCAGUGCUGGCAGGCCCAGGCCAGGUGAUGAGAAUGAUCGAUGCCCUAUCUCUGCGCACCUCGUGCACCAGGGGAAUUGAUGGAAAGGCGUAUUUCAAUUCCCUUCCCCACAGGAUUGCAAAUCCAUCAGCUAUUGUGGGCCAUGACCCUAGAACGAGCAGAAUUGUGGGCACUGGGCGUUGCCCUCAGUAGCGAACAGGUCCAUCUGGGGAAACUCCCACUUUCGGAAGAGCAAAAACACGUCUGCUCUGAGCGUCCACUUGUGCAUGCGGUCAGACCUGCUGAGGUGGUCUGCUAGCCUGUUUUUCUUCCCCGGGAGGUACACAGCCUGUAGGUGAAUGGUGUGGGUUAUGCAAAAGUUCUAGAGGAGGAGAGCCUCAUGGCUGAGUGGGGAGGAAUGGGCUCUGCCCUGCUUUUUUAUGUAAAACAUGGUCGUGUUGUCUGUCAGGACUGUCACGCUGUGACCACUCAGUGGUGUGAAAGGUCUGGCAGGCUAAACGAACCACCCUGAGCUCCUUCACAUUGAUACAGAGCAAUUGCUCUGCCCCCAACCACACGCCCUGGGUCCUGAGGUCCCCUAGGUGAGCCCCUCAUCCAAGGUCUGACGCAUCUGUUACCAGCAUAAAGUCCAGCUGUUUUGCGGCAAAGAGGAUGCCUUCACAAACCGUACGCUGAGACUGCCAUCACAUCAGGGAUUCCAGCACGUCCCCUGGGAUUGUCACUAUCAAGUCUAGGGGGUCCCUGCCAGGACAGUAUACACAGGCAAGCCAAGCCUGCAGAGUCCUGAGUCUGUCUGGCAUGCUUGACCACAUGUGCAAGCUGCCUUAGGCAUGAGGAAAUAGGAGUAGAACCCUUUCCCCAUUAGGUCUAAGGCUACUGUUUGUACCGCCCCCGCCUCUAGGAGUGAAUGAACUUCCUUUUCUAGAAGAUGCUCUAAGAAGGGUCCCUGAAGAAGGACAGGGAAGCGGGAUGGGGGUUAGGAAGGGAGGAAAACUAUAGUAUGUACCCGCUUUGCACCAUGUAUAACACCCAAUGGGCUGAUGUAAUGCUGGACCAUGCAUGAGAGAAGUGGGACAGAUGGUUGAGGAAACAAGGGGAUGGAUCUGAUAGUUGAUCUGAUAUGCACCUUCAAAAGCCUGGCUUAGGGCCCAGCUGAGAUUUAUGUUGGCCUUUGCUCUGGCCCAGCCUAUUGGAGUUGUUGCAUCACCUCUUGUCUCCACCUCGCCUGCGGUAAGGCUCCUGUCAAGGAUGAGGCUGGCGCUGGGGAGGAGGUUGUGGCUUAAAUGGCUUCCUCUGAGUCGCCAGGGUAUGCAUACCCAGUGACUUGAGUGUAGCUCUAGUGUCCUUGAGGCUAUGCAGCUUUGCGUCCGUCUGGUCUGAGAAGAGUCCAGACCCUUCGAAAGGAAGGUCCUGGAGCGAAUUCUGGACCUCGAGCCAGGUCUCCCGCUGCUGAAGCCACACUCAACCCAACACGAUUGUCCUGACUGCUGCGUCCGCUGAGUCCAAGGACGCUUGGAGGGAGGUUUUCACUAUGGCGUUGCCUUCCUCCACCAAGGCUGUGAACUCCUGCUGAGAGCCCUGUGGGAGGUUAUCCCAAAACUUCCCCACUGCUGCCCAAGAGUUGAAGUUACGCCUGUUGAGGAUGGCCUGCUGUUUAGCAAUCUUCAACUGAAGGCCCCCUGACGAAUACACCUUCCUGCCAAACAGAUCUAGACGUUUUGCCUCCUUGGCCUUGGAGUCCUUCUGCUCAACCAUCUCCUCGGCUUGCAACCCCAAGUUAUGGGCCACCUUAUGUAGCAGUUUUCGGUGGGCUUUAUGGUCUAUUGGUGGAGGUCCUGUUACCACUGUGCCUGCUACUGCUUCAUCCGGGAAUGACAAGGAAGUUAGCAGCUGCUCAGCUUCCUCCGGCUGGUUCCCCUGGUCCCCCUCCCUUAAGGGAAGGGGUUCUGGCUUGGCCUGGAGACAGUGGCCAUGGGGUGGCACCGGACACGGUGCCGGUCUCUCGCUCAGCGAGGCCGCAAGUGGCUUGGACACCAUAGCUUCCCUUACAGAAGAGCGUCAGUGCGGGACCUGGAUUUCUGUACCAAAUAGCUGGCCCUAGUGGUAGCAUCUUGACACUGGUGGUAGGCCCAAGGGGUCUAGAAGGGCCAGUGCCCUGGUGGUUCCCAUUGUGGUUGCCAUCCAGUUUGUUGAUACCUGCUGCGGAGCCCGCUGUGGGUAGCUGUAUCGUUCCGAGGCGGCGCCGGACUCCAGCGACGCCGAGCAUGAGGGCCAUGGCGGUGCCGUUGAUCUGUGUCAGUGGGAGGCUGACAAUUGGCUUCUUGCUGAUUGAGAGUGGGACUUGUGCCGAUGAUCCCGUGACUGGAAAUGGUGCCUUCUGGGAGCCCUCGGCGACUCCUGGCUCGUCUCCUCCUGGUGCCUGUCCCGGGGAAGCGCUGGGAAGCCCCGUGUGUCCUGCACUAAUCCCCAUGUGUUGACUCGCCUCCGGUACCGAGACUUCCCUCGGAGUGAAGGGUAACUGGGAGUCUUCUGACUCUGAGCUCUACCGAGACCAACGCCGGGAGCAGUGCUGGGAUGGUGACCUCAAGGGGCGCGCCAUUGCCGGCUUUCCCUUUGGCGGCACCCUGGGUUUGGGUGCCGGAGGCUUCUCCCUGGCCGGGAGAGGGCUCGCUGUCGACAAUCCAAUGAGGUCUUUUGCAGCCUCAAAGGUGUCAGGCGUGGAUGGCUGACCUAUUAUGCCCUCGAGUCCUUCAUCUGCACUGAGUUCACUUUUGGAUGGACUCGAUGGGAUUUGUGGCGCUAGUGCCAAAGUCGGUUCAGUGUCCAUCCCGCUCCUUCUGGUACCCGGUUCCUGAUAUGGUGCCGGUCUCCUUUGUGAGGAGCGUCCACGCCCCUCCUUUGGUUUUGCCUUGGGCCACACCAGGGAAGAUGCGUGGUACUGGGGCCUACUAUGGUGUCCCAAGGCCAACGGCUUGUGGUGCUUGGCCGGCACUGGGUCUCUUAACGACUCUGGGGCACUCCGCACUGAGGAGGCUGGGGCUGGCAUCAGGCAUUCCGGGCCUGGUGGCUGCAGCGCGGCCUCCAUCAGCAACUGCUUUAAGCAAAAGUCUCUCUUUGUUCUCAGCUUAAAGGCCUUGCAGAUCUUACACUUCUCUGUUUUUGGUGAGCUUCCCCCAGGCAACGUAGACAACAGACUAACCGGCGUAGGCUUACAGCACGUGGCGCAAACCUUAAACGCUUGGGUCUGCGGUAUGUUCUGCGGCCUGGGGCGGGUGCUGGAAUCCUCCAAGCACCUAAUCUAUUAGUGUCCAACAACAAUGAAACACUAACAAACUGAUAACAGCUAUGUACUUCUAAUACUAAGGGAUUGCUUCUCCUAUGACAGCAAGAGGUUGUUCCAACACCGCCCCAGAUGGUAAGAAGGAAGUGGAGGGGGUUGGGCCGGCGGGGCUAUAUACAUAUGGCACAGUGGCGCCACUCUGGCGGGGGCCCUGCCGGGAGCCACAAGGGAAAAAGUUUCAGAUGCUUGUGUGCGCAGCGCACACACCUAAUGUGGAAUGGACAUGAACAAGCACUCGAAGAAUAUUGGUUUGAUUAGUUUAUCAAGCCUGUUUAAAAUAGUCACUCAAUGUAAAAUAUUAGUAAAAUGAUAUGUCAGAAGCAUAUGUUAAAAACUCACCAUAAUAGUAGUAAAUAUUUAAAUUUCAUAGUGACUCUUGUCUAAUAAGCGAAUUAAGUGUGCGUGUGUUUUAAAUAGGUCAAUAUUUGGAAACUAGACUUCUUGGCCAAAAUGAACGCUAAAUAUAGAUUGAAAGGGAUAGUCGGUUUCAUAGCUGUGUUUAUGGGUCCUGUGGGAGUUUGCAGGGUCUAAAAGUGCAGGGGAAAACUACAAAGCAAGUUUUCUUCUCAUACUGGAUGACUUCUUCCAUCCUGAACUUUUAGCUGAAUAUGGUUAAAUUGUACAAUGGAGAGUUCUUCUCUGGAAAUUGACUUACCUGAUACCAAUGAAGAAGGAAAACUUUAUGUGGUUGAUUCCUUAAACAACCUAAACAAACUGCAUCUAUGUUCCGAUGGAUCUCAACACCUGUUAACAGCCCAGGAGGAAGAGAACACUGGCGGUUUGAUGACAUGGAGCAGCAUAAGUUGCCAACAUUUGUUCUUCGUCACACUGAUCAUUAUUUUGAUUGUCAGUUUGGCGCUUGUUUCAUUUGUAAUAUUCUUAACAAUUCACACUGGCAACAGGAUGGAUGAAGUGACAAGCAGACUAGCAUUUGAAAGGAGGAACACAGAAAAUCUUCAGAAUAUAAACAGUAUGAUAUUAAAGCAUCUAAACCAAUCAGGAAUUAUGGAGAAGGAAGAAAAACUCUUCACAGGUCAAACACCAUCCACUCCUUAUCUUCGUAACUAUUUAUUUCCCCGUUCAAAGCUGGAUGCAACAGUGCAGUAGAUCCCCUUUGCAAUGAAAACUGUUCUUUGUCUAUUCGUUUCCUUUCAACUGUACUCCCAUGUAACCAGGUGCGUUAUUUAAUUAUUCAGAUUUAGCACGUGCCAUAAUACUUGAAAAGCAACCUGAAGAGAAUGGAGCUAUUAACACUGUACAGAUUUACAUCCACGUAGCUUGAAUAUAUGGAUGAUACAACACGUUUAGCUCUGGCAUUUGACUCUGAAAUGCUUUACUACAGCUUCGCUCCUGCAAAUAGCUCUCUCUGUGAGCAAAGUAUCUUGCAGGAUCUGGGCCCAAAUUUCUAACAGCUUCUAAAUUAGAAACAGAAAACAGUACCUGAUCCUGGUUUGUGUGUAAAGUUCUGCAGGAUUGAGCAAUUUACAAUGAAAGGGGUGGACCGUCAAUGGGUCUUCACACAUAGGUGCUGACUCUGUGGGUGCUCUGGGGCUGCAGCGCACCCACGGAAAAAAAUUGGUGGGUGCUUAGCCCUGCCCUGCCCCGCCCCAUCCCCCUGCUCCAGCUUGCCUGUGCCUCCGCCUCCUCUGCGAGCAUGCCACUGCAUCCUGCUUCUCCCCCUUCCCUCCUAGCGCUUGUGCCACAAAACAGCUGAUUUGUGGGUCAGGGAGGGAGGGGGGAGUAGGAGGAACCCAGUGACCUGGGGGAAGA